GUGGGCGGGGCAGCUCCCGAGGUGCCGGGGACCGCGCGGCAGCUCGUGGGCAGCUCUCGAGCAGCUCGCGGGCCAUGGCGGCGGCGGCGGACCCGAGCUCCUUCGCCUCGCCCUCGCGCUGCCUCACGCGGCACCUCUACCUACGAUGCCGCGUGGACUUCGCCGCGCGGGCGCUGCGGGGCACGGCGGCCUUCACUGCGCGCGCCGAGUGCGAGGCGCUGCGUUGCCUGGUUUUGGAUACAAAAGACUUACAGGUAUUUAAAGUGACUGUAAAUGGACAAGAUGCAAAAUUUGCUUUUGGAGAAAAGCACAGUUUCAAGGGGACCCCUCUGGAAAUCACCUUCCCUUUUGAACUGAGAAGGGGACAAGAAGCAAUUGUUGAAAUCUCUUUUGAAAGCUCUCCAAAGUCUUCAGCUCUUCAGUGGUUUUCUCCAGAGCAAACUUCUGGAAAGGAACACCCAUUUCUCUUCAGCCAGUGUCAGGCUACCCACUGCAGAGCCAUCCUUCCAUGCCAAGACACACCUGCUGUGAAGCUAACAUACUAUGCAGAGAUAUCUGUUCCUAAAGAGCUGGUGGCUCUUAUGAGUGCUACUCGUGAUGGAGAGGUGCCUGACCCAGAGGACAGCAGUCGGAAGAUUUACCGUUUCAGCCAGAAUGUUCCCAUACCUUGCUACUUGAUUGCUUUAGUGGUUGGAGCUUUAGAAAGCAGAAAGAUUGGCCCAAGGACAUUGGUGUGGGCUGAAAAGGAGCUAGUGGAUAAAUCAGCCUAUGAAUUUGCUGAGGCUGAAGCUAUGCUGAAAACAGCAGAAGAUUUAGCAGGACCCUAUGUGUGGGGGCAGUAUGAUUUGUUAGUCCUUCCACCUUCUUUCCCUUAUGGUGGUAUGGAGAACCCUUGUCUCACUUUCGUAACUCCAACACUAUUGGCAGGUGAUCGAUCUCUGUCAAACGUUAUUGCUCAUGAAAUAUCUCACAGCUGGACAGGAAACUUGGUAACAAACAAAACAUGGGAGCAUUUUUGGCUGAAUGAGGGCCAUACUGUGUACCUGGAACGCAGGAUUGGUGGCAGGUUGUUUGGUGAGCAGUUCAGGCACUUCCAAGCCCUUGGAGGUUGGAGGGAGUUGCAGAAUACGAUAAAUACUCUUGGAGAUAAAAAUCCUAUAACAAACCUCAUCCCUAAUCUGAGUGAAGUAGAUCCUGAUGUUGCUUAUUCGUCUGUUCCAUAUGAGAAGGGUUUUGCUUUGCUUUUUUACCUUGAACAGCUUCUUGGAGGACCAGAUAUCUUCAUUGGCUUCUUGAAGGCUUAUAUUCAGCAGUUUGCUUAUAGGAGCAUAGUAACUGAGGACUGGAAGAGGUUCUUGUACUCCUACUUCAAGGAUAAGGUAGAUGUUCUUGAUAAAGUUGAUUGGAACUCAUGGUUUCAUGCUCCAGGAAUGCCACCAGCGAAGCCUAUGUAUGAUAUGACACUGGCAAAUGCUUGUGUUGCCUUGAGCCAAAGAUGGAUUAAAGCAAAAGAGAGCAAUUUGGGCUCAUUCAGCUCAGCAGACCUGAAGGAAAUGUCAUCUCAUCAGCUGAUUGAGUUCCUGGCACUGUUGCUUCUGGAGGGUUCUCUUCCAGUGUCACAUGUCAAACGAAUGCAGCAAGUGUAUAACUUCAAUGCUAUAUACAACUCCGAAAUAAGAUUCAGGUGGCUGCUCCUCUGCAUAAAGUCUAAAUGGGAGGAAGCUAUUCCUCUGGCUCUAAAAAUGGCAACAGAUCAGGGCAGGAUGAAGUUCACUCGACCCUUGUUCAGAGAACUUUACAAUUUUGAUAAGUCUCGAGAUCUGGCUGUGAAGACAUUUCUGGAGCAUAGAGCCUCUAUGCAUCCUACCACCUCAAUGCUUGUGGCCAAAGACUUGAAACUGGAUCAGUGACAGAUUUACUGAUUUCUUUGAAAUCUUCUGAAAGAAGACACUGGUUCCACAAACUGCUGGUAUGCGUGCUUGAUUAUGCCCUAAAAUGCUCUGCUGCUUUGGUACUCACUUUGCUUAAAAUGAAAUCAGGUUCAGUAAUUUCUGUUUUGCACCUGCAAGUAAAAGAGCAAAAUUGGUAAAUCUCUGGAAUGAGGAGCAUGGUUUUUCACAAGCAAUUUGUAGAACAUGAACAGAAACUGUUCUGAGAUAUAGUAAUUUGUCAGGUGUGAAAUUCAAAACCAUGGAAAUUGAACUGUUGGAUGGGAUGGCUCUUUGUGCACAGCUUACUUUUUUGUACUAAUGUAGCUAAAGCAUCAAGUAUCUGAAGACUAAAAAAAUAAAUCUUUUCACUGGC